AUGGCCCGUUCAAUGCUUGCAAGGAGGUUCUGGUCGUCACCCUCUUUGGUCUCCAAACCGUCAAUAUGUCUCUCUUGUAGGGCCAGCAUCAGAGGACUGUCUUCUUCCCGAACACAGAGCUCUGCCCAGACCGAGGCUCAAAACAAGUUACUGGGUGAGCAUCUUAAAGAAGCAGAUCCCGAGAUCUACGAGAUUUUGCAGCGCGAAAUACGUCGCCAGAGACAUUUCAUCAAUCUUAUCCCUUCCGAAAACUUCACCUCCCAGGCUGUGUUGGAUGCCUUGGGCAGUGUAAUGCAAAACAAGUACUCAGAGGGAUAUCCCGGGGCACGAUACUAUGGAGGCAAUGAACAUAUCGACGAGUCCGAGAGACUGUGUCAAAAGCGCGCUCUGGAGACAUAUCGCCUGAAUCCAGAAGAAUGGGGGGUCAAUGUCCAACCCUUGUCCGGCUCUCCCGCGAACCUUUACGCCUACUCGGCCCUCCUUAACACGCACGACCGUAUCAUGGGUCUCGAUCUUCCCCACGGUGGCCACUUGUCUCACGGUUACCAGACUCCCACCAAGAAGAUUUCCAUGAUCUCCAAAUACUUUGAGACCCUUCCAUAUCGCCUGGACGAAUCGACAGGGUUGAUUGACUACGAAAAGAUGCGCGAGCUCGCUCUCUUGUACCGACCCAAAGUCAUUAUCGCUGGAACCUCUGCGUACAGUCGACUGAUUGACUACGAACGCAUGCGAGCCAUAUCUGAUGAGGUGGGUGCUUACCUGCUAUCUGAUAUGGCUCACAUAUCUGGUCUGGUCGCUGCCGACGUGAUCCCAAGCCCGUUCCAAUACUCGGACGUGGUCACAACUACCACGCACAAAUCCCUCCGUGGCCCUCGAGGAGCUAUGAUCUUCUACCGUAAAGGCGUACGCCGAACAAAUAAAAAAGGCGACAAGGAGAUGUACGACCUCGAGGGUCCCAUCAACGCAUCCGUGUUCCCAGGCCACCAAGGCGGUCCGCAUAACCACACCAUUACCGCUCUCGCAGUUGCACUGAAACAGGCCCAAACGAAAGGAUUCAAGGAGUACCAGAAGACGGUUCUGACCAAUGCCAAAGCCCUUGCUGAACGCCUCGGCAAUUCUGCAUAUACAGGUGGUCUGGGCUACAACAUUGUCAGUGGCGGGACAGAUAACCAUCUAGUCCUGGUCGACUUGAAGUCGAAGGGCAUUGACGGUGCUCGCGUCGAACGAGUACUCGAGUUGUGCGGCGUAGCUGCGAACAAGAACACGGUUCCUGGAGACAAAUCGGCCCUGAGGCCUGGAGGGUUGAGGAUGGGCUCGCCUGCCAUGACCACAAGAGGUUUCCAGCCAAGCGAUUUCACCCGCGUGGCAGAGAUCGUCGAUCGGGCGGUGUCGAUUGCGAUCAAGGUGGACAAAAGCGCCCGGUCGGAUGCGGAAGCGAAGGGAAAGAAGAAUCCGGGAGCAGUCAAGAGCUUCCUAGAUUACCUGAAGGACGGGACCGAAGUGGCCGAAAUCUUGACGCUGAGGCAGGAAGUGGAGGAUUGGGUUGGGACAUUUGCAGAGCCGUGGAUCAAAGACAAGGACACAAACACUCGUUGA